AUGGAUACGAGCGAAUAUGUUGAAAUGAAUAGCACGAAAAAUGCUGAAUCGAAAGUCAUCGGACGGACCAACAAAUCGAUUGAUAUAGAACCAACAGCUGAAGAAUUAGAAACCUUAGAACAUAUUUCCGAUCGAAUACCAUUAUCAGCUUGGUUAAUUGUUGUUUGUGAAUUAUGUGAACGUUUUGCUUUCUAUGGCCUUUCUGGUCCUUUUCAAAAUUAUAUACAAUUUCCUGAAGCCAAGGGCAAUAAUACUCAACCAGGUGCUCUCGAUCGUGGACAGCAGACUGCUACUGCAAUAACAACAUACUUUCAAUUUUUUGCAUAUCUCACACCAAUUGCUGGUGCUAUUCUAGCUGAUCAAUUUUGGGGCAAAUAUAAAACAAUUAUGGUAGCAUGUAUUAUCUAUAUGGUUGGACUUUUAGUUCUUGUCUUGACGAGUAUACCACCAUCUAUUCAUGCAGGUGUUGCCUUUCCGGGUUUAAUCAUUGCUAUAACUAUUAUUGGACUUGGUACUGGUGGUGUAAAGAGUAAUGUCAGUCCAUUGAUGGCUGAACAAUAUACUGUAACAAAAUCAGUGGUGAAAGAAAUUAAAGGUAAAAAGAAGAUUAUUGAUCCGAAAAUAACGGUACAAUCGAUGUUCAAUUGGUUCUAUUGGGCUAUUAAUAUAGGUGCAAUAUCAUCGAUUGCUACGACCAAUAUCGAAAAAUAUCAUUCAUUCUGGCUCGCUUAUCUAGUACCAUUAGUUGUAUUUACUGGAUCGAUUAUUGUCUUAAUAGUUGGUCGUAAACGAUACAUUCUAACACCUCCAACUGGUUCGUUACUUCUUCGUGCUGGUCGUGUACUGAUGAAAGCAAUUCGAAUGCGUUCUAAAUUAGGCAAACGAGCCGAUCGACCACAUUUUUUAGAUUACGCUAAAGAAAUUCCAUCGUCACCAAUCAAUGAAGAUGAACAACACACCAUUGCACAGUUGAGUGAAAAUCAAUUUAUUGAUGAUUUUAAACAAGCAAUAAGAGCUUGCCGUGUCUUUCUCUUUUAUCCAUUCUAUUGGAUCUGUUAUAAUCAAUUGAGCACUAAUCUAGUAUCUCAAGCAGCACAAAUGAAUGUUGGUCCUUUACCCAAUGAUGUUUUACAGAAUAUCGAUCCACUCGUAUUAAUUGUAUUUAUUCCGAUUUUUGACAAGGUAAUUUAUCCUACGUUGCGACGAUUUAAAAUUAAAUUUCCAUCGAUUGUUCGUAUUACUUGUGGUUUUAUCUGUGUUUCCAUUGCUAUGGCAUGGGCAGCAUUUGUUCAACAUCAAAUUUAUUCUACUGGACCAAACUAUGACUUUACAAAACCAUGUCCAGGUUGCCCAAGAUUUAACAAUAUAGUUGUUGCUUGGCAAAUUCCAACGUAUUUUUUCAUUGCUAUCUCAGAAAUCUUUGCUUCCAUUACUGGUCUUGAGUAUGCAUUCACUCAAGCGCCUGCUUCUAUGAAAUCAAUCGUCAUGUCACUCUAUCUAUUCACAUCAGCAAUUGGUAGUACUCUAAAUUUUACUCUUGUACCGGUAACAGUCAAUCCAAAACUCUUGUGGAUGUAUACAUCAUUAUCGAUUAUGUCAUUCAGCGUUGGAAUUCUAUUUUUUCUUAUCUUUCGAAAUGAACAAAAAGUACGAGUAGUGGUAGUAUCUAAUGACUAA